GACGAAGACUAUGACGAAAAAUAUUCGUCAACGAACCUUUUUCACGGACGGAAACUAAAUAAAAACUAAAUAAAAAGUCAGAUAUGAUGACGAAGACUGUGACUAAUAUAACGGACACGUUAGUCAACGAAUAAAAAUAAGACGAACAUAUUAGGGAGGGACGAAUGGAGAAGAGAUCCCAUCAGAAUUACUUUUUUUGUGUGACAAGUUGGGAAGAAAUCCAAUCAAAAGUUAGUUGCCAACCGCCAUAAAGAAGAAGAAGAAAAAGUCCAAUCAGAGCGAGUCUCGUAGAAGCAGCCUUUUUGCAGCAGUCAUUUCAAAGGGCGGCAAAUGACUUAAAGAAUUAGCCUAAAGAAAUGUCAGAACUGGGAAGAAAAAGAAGAAUUGAUAUCUGGUCACACUUUACUUAUCAUACUAAUGAAAACAAGACCACCUGCCAGCCGUGUGGAGCCAAAAUAACUGGAAAAAACACGACAAAUUUGAAACGACAUUUGCAGUCGGUGCAUCCAGAGAUACAUGCGAAGAUACAGAAGACGUCUGAUGACCAUGGGCCAAGGGGAAAUAAAGCUAGUGCUGCUAGUGCAAGUUCAACCCAGCAGCAGACUAUCUCUACAGCUUUCCAAAGUUCUUCAAAGUACAAAAUGGAAUCAAAGGAGCAACAGACCAAGGAGCAGGCCAUAGCCAGAUGGAUUGGACGCACAGGUUUACCACUCACAACAAUUGAAGACGAGGACUUUGUGCAAAUGAUGGAGAUAGUAGAUAGGAGACUAGCAAUUCCAAAGAAAACUAAAAUUAGCAAUUUGAUUGAAACACAAUAUGAACAUGAAAGACAAAAAUUCAAACAGAGACUGGCUGCUGCCCGGAGAGUAUCCAUUGGCCUUGACUUGUGGACAAAAAAAGGACUGACCGCCUCAUUCCUUGCUAUUAGCGCAUGCUACUUUUGUGUUGAACAAAUCAAACCUGCACACAUAUUGUUGGCCCUUGAACAAGUAGCUCACCCACACACUGCACUGUCUAUUAAGGCAUGUGUGGACGAAUGUAUACAAGAGUGGGCCAUACCGAAGGAGAAGAUCCUGACGGUAAUAACGGACAAUGGAAGUAACAUGGUGGCAGCCUUUAAAAACACCACAGCAGAAGAAACCAGCUCUGAGGCUGACUCCCCUGGGUCCGAAACCGCGAUGGAAAGUGACUCUGAAAUUGAUGACCAGCGGUACCAUCAUGUCGACAUGGAAAUGGCCCGGACGCCGUGCGUGGUGCAUACCAUACAACUUGUGGUCCACAUGUUGCAGAAAGAAACAACUGUCAAAAGAGUCCUCGAUAAAGCAAGAACACACUAAAACCCUCCAGAGUGACACCACAUCUAUGUCCCUAGUGGUUCCUGCCCUCUUUGAUCUGCUGAGCCACCUAGCUGACUUUGCAGAGAACAGCCGGUACAGAGACCUCGCCACUCUUGCAGAGAAAAUGAGAUCAAAUCUGAACCUGCGUUUUGCUUGCCUCUUGGAUCCAACCGAUGAAAAGUUCUCACCACUUGCAGCAGCUGCCUGCUUUGUCAACCCAACUGUCUGUGAAAUCCUUGUUAAUGUUGAUGUAGCUGAUGGAAAUAUCCAGGAACUGCUGAAACAGGCAGAAGACUAUGUGGUCAAAUGCACUUUCCUCCCACACACAAGACAGGAGGACCACCAGUCUGACGAUGAUGCAGAAGAAGUCAUUGAGGAACCAGAACCAGCGCCAUCUUCAAAGCAGCCGGUGUUUAGGUUCCUCUCAAAAUGCCGCACCACAAGACCUAAACAGAAAACCUCCACAACCAGCGUCAGGCAGCAGAUCAUUAAGUACAAGGAAGAACUUUCACAUCCCAUCACUGAGGACAC